CGUUUCCAGCGGAGGACUCGCUGGUGUCCUGCCGCCGGAGGGCCUGUGGGACGGAGGGCAAGGGGAAAGGCCAGCGCUGGCCUCCUCUCGCCACUCCUUUGCUCCCGAUCGCCGCCCUGACCGGCUCCGAGCCUGCCUGGGUUUGUGGGCGUGUAGGUGGAAUUGCCCGGACCAGGACGGGAUGGUGUCUGUGAAGGCGGUAGGACUUGGUCAGCCUCUCGAACAGCAGGGACAUACAGCUCCGUAUGAACGUCGGAGAAAGUGAAACCAGACACUGCAGAAGCCACAGCUCCAGGGGAAAAGGAAAAUGGAAGGGAAUCCAAGCGUGGAUCUGCCUGGAGCUGGACCAGCCCAGGGUGAGGUGGGGAGCACAGCAGAGCUUCCUGGGCACCAGGAGCCCACCCAGGAAACACCUGAGCACCAAGAGGCCACCCAGGAAGCACUUGGGCACCAAGUGACAAGCAGGUCACCUGAGACACCCUGCAAACCAGAGGAGGACUCUGCAGUGUGUGAACCAGCUGCUGAGGGGAGAGAGACAACACUGUUGGGUUCAGCUGGUCCCACACUAGAGGAGAGAGCUGCCCAGGAAACUGAAGUAUUGCCAGAAGAGUCUGACAAGACAAGAGAAGGUGUUUCACAAAGAUCCCUGGAGAAAGAGGACUUGGAUGAAGCUGGGCUGGGCCCUGAGAAUGUGGAAAGCAAAGGGGACAGCCUUGUCCACCAGGAAGCCUGGGAGCACCAGGAGGCAAGUGGGCAGUGUGAAAGCCUCUGCAAGGCAGAGGAAGGUGCCUCAUCAACAAGCAAGGCACGGAGCUCUGACAGUGAAAUGGCACAUUUGGAUGUGACUGGCGUGGAAGAUGUCCCCAGGGGCCUCUUGGCAGAGAAGAGCAGCAGUACCACUCUCCCAGACUGGGAGCCAGAGGCACCCAGAGAGCAAGAAACACAGGAGAGCGAGUCCCAGGGCACAUUAAGGAAAAGACCAAAAGGAGACACAGCCCCAAACCCAGAGACUCUGUCUUCCCUGCAGAACAUCACCACCCAAAACACAGAGCAGGAGAAGGCCAAAGAGUCCCUCCUGUGGAAAGGUGAGGAAAAGAAGCUUCCCUUGCAUGUUAUUCAUCGACCAGAAGGCACUGAUCCUCCAGGAGCAAGGCUGUUCAUCGUGGGCCUCGCAGUGCUCGGCUUCUGCAUAUUCUGCUUCUGCAGCCCCACCUCCAGCUCCCAGCAGCCCCGCAAGAACCCCACGGUGGAGGCAUUCCUGUCCCAGUUCGACCAGCUGCAGCACAGGUUUCCGGGCCAGAGCCCCCACCUGUGGCUCCGCGGGCGCAAGUUCCUGCGCAAGCACCUGAACGCGUCCCAGCACACGCAGCCGGCCGUCGUCAUCCUCACGGCGGCCCGCGGCGGCGAGCGGACCCUGCGCUGCCUCAGCGCCCGCGUGGCCGACUCCUACUCGGCCGCCGUGCACGGCAGCACGGUGCAGAUCGACGGCAGGGACAAAGCCGGGCUCCACAGCGACCGCGCCAAGCUGGAGGUGGACUCGGAGCUGAGCUCGGCCUUCCAGGCCGGGGGCCGAGCCGCGGUGAUCCACCGCUUCGAGCUGCUGCCCGCCGGGGCCACCCUCAUCUUCUACAAGUACUGCGACCACGAGAGCGCCGCCUUCAAGGACGUGGCCCUGCUGCUGACGGUGCUGCUGGAGGAGGACGCGCUGGAGAGCCACGUCAGCCUCCAGCAGGUGGAGGAGAGGGUCCGGGACUUCCUCUGGGCCAAGUUCACCAGCACCAAGACCCCCAGCUCCUACGACCGCAUGGACUCGGACAAGCUGAGCGGGCUGUGGAGCCGCAUCUCCCACCUGGUCCUGCCCAUACACCCGGUGCAGGCCAUCGAGGAGGGGGGCUGCUACGCCAAACCCUAGGGACAGAGGUGGCCAGAGCCCCGAGGAGGGUUGGAAAGAUGGUCCUGGCUGGCUCUGGUACAGGCGGAGGCAUAACCGGCGUUACUUCUCUUCAGUUUGUUUCUUGGGGGUUCCUGGGAAGAGUUUGACAGGUACAAGUUGAUCCAGGACAUUUGGGCAGCUGAGUCCUGGAGGUGAUACACACGCUCCCUUCUGGCAGAUGGGAGCAGGGGGGAUUUUGGAGUUCCCCAGGAGAACAUCAGCGUGUGGGGGGGCAGGAGGGAAAACGGGACCUUGCAGGUAGCGUUUCUAUUGAGAAAUAGACAAAUAAUGUUCACGACAAGUACGACAGAAAGAUGCUGUGAUUCGGCAGCUCUUUCAUCUCUCCCUCAGCUUGCUAAAGUUAUGUACAUCAGUCUCACAAGAUACUUUAUCCAGGGGGCUGCUAGAACACAGAAAGAUAAAAUUCCUCAAAGCCCAACAUUUUGAAGGCAUGCUUCAAAAAGAAAAAAAGAAAAGCAGUUUGCCAGUCAAGGGAGUGACCAGUCAGUCCCGGUGGAAUCCCACUUGCACAGCCUGAUUGGCACCAGGCAAAGCCCAGAUCCUCAAACAAACCUGCAAUUCAGAGAUCCCCUAAACAUCAGUUACAAGAAAUUUGAGGUUGCCAGCACUUGAACUCUACGCUAAUGGCAGGGAUCCCAUCAGGGGAUCCCACGUGCCAGAGAGCAAGCUCCAGAACCAGAGAGCAGUGAAACUGUUGCUGUCACCCUGAUAGUGAAGCCUCAAGGGAUUACACAGGUAAAAAGAUGAAUAAUACAAUGUAAUAUAAUGCUACCUCUCUCUAAAACAGGCCCACUCAAUCCCUUUGCCACGGAAGGGCUGCAGCUCUCUCCUCAGGCUGAUGCUUUGGUCCCACACAACAGAUUGCUCUUCACCUGGAUCUCUGAUCCGUGUGCAGGGCUGGAAGCUUGUCUGCCAGCCUCUCCCCAGGUGACUUCUAUUGAUGGAUGUAGAUCAUACCUUGAUAUUUCAAACCAUGCAGGGUAGCACACCGGAUCCUUGCCCUCCAAGGGUACAUUUGCCUCCCUGCCAGGCAGAUGGAGCUCUGGCAUCUGUCAAAGCAAGUAGGAGCAGAGCUGGGUUAGCCGGUCGAGACAAAAUCUCUGCCAUUAACACUAAAAAUCCUUGACAAAGCGGGUUAGUUUCCGUCCAUUCCUCCUUUUCUGCACCCUAGGAGGAGAAACCCAAGUCCUGGAAACACUGUGGUUCCCCCCGGCACUGUGUUUUUGCAGGUGCUGUGGGGCAGAGCAGCCAGCUCAGGCACACCUGAAGGACAGGUGCAGGUUACAGCAUUUGUUAUAACCCAAGGGGCAGCCCCAGGUGCCAGCCCCAUGUGCCUAUGCAGAAGGAGGCUGCACAGAUCAUGGCUCAUUUCCACAGCAGCAGCCCAGGCCGAGGCCUUGCAGAACCGGGCUCUGUGUCCAAACAGGAACAAAUCCACACCGCCACGGUGUUUUUAGCAGCUGCACGUCAGGGUGCUCCCUACACCAGCUGGACCCUGGUGUUGGAUGGAUCUCCUGCCAACAGUGCCUUGCUGAUCUGCCCCAGCAAGGGCUCGGGGAGGCGCAGCCCUGCGCCCUAAAAACCACAGCCUGUCUCUUCUUUCCCCCUGCCGCGUGCCUUGACCUGGCUCAGGAGAUUGGUGGCCCUUCACUUGGAGGAGGCGGGGGUUGAAGGAAGAGGAAAGGUUAUACCACAGUUAUUUGUUCAUGUUCUGGCCAAAGAACAGGCUUUUUGGUUGGUUGGGGAUGUGAAGACAAGACCACAGAGGGGUUUUAACCGUGCUAAACACUGGGCUAAAUGCGAGAACCACCUGCUGGAGCCCAGGGCACGGUUUGAUACCAGAUACAGGCUGCUUCCUCCUCUCCCUCUUUUCUAUUGCUGUACACUACUUUGGUGAGAGAAAACCCUGUAUCCUGCUCUGCAGGGUUAAGUGUGGGUGUUGGUGUCCGAACCAGCGGAGCGUUAAUCAUGCUAUGCCAAUAUUUUGAUGGAAAUCUGUAUUUUAAUCUCUGUUUUGCACACUGUGUUUGCAAUGCAUAACCCAGGUAUGCAAAGGCAACUCCCCAUUGCUGGAAGUGUCACCCACCUGGGUUCUUCCAAUACAGAGAUAUUUUUAUGGCCUUUUAAAGACAAAUAUCUGCUUGCUUCUGGAACAGGAUUUCUAUUUAAAAAUAAAUGGUGAGGUUGUGAAAGAAGCCAGCAAAGUGA